AUGUCAGACACCGACGUUGUUUCCGGCACGUUCCGGGCGCUGGUGGAGAGCGCGGACCGGAAGUUCGCGCGUGUCCGCGACGUGCCGGCGUACGGGCGCGUGCACAACCAGCACUACUUCCACAAGGUGUUCAAGGCGUACAUGCGUCUCUGGAAGUACCAGCAGGAGAACCGGGCGAAGCUGGUGGAGGCCGGUCUGAACCGGUGGGAAAUCGGCGAGAUCGCGAGCCGGAUCGGCCAGCUGUACUUCGGUCAGUACAUGAGGACGAGCGAGGCGAGGUUUCUGGCGGAGGCGUACGUGUUCUACGAGGCGAUUCUGAGCCGGAGGUACUUCGAGGGAGGAGCCAAGGGUUUGGGGAAGAAGGAGAUUGGAGUCCGGUUCAAGGAGCUGAGAUUUUACGCGAGGUUUUUGCUGGUGGCGUUGAUUUUGAACCGGACCGAGACGGUUCAGCUGCUCGCCGAGCGGUUCAAGGCUCUGGUUGAUGACAGCAGAGCCAAUUACCGGGAAACUAAUUUUAAAGAAUGGAGGCUAGUGGUGCAAGAAAUUGUGCGAUUUAUGAAAGUUGAUACGGCCUUUAUGAAUGUCAGGCCAUUGCGAUAUUCUGCCAUGUUUGAUUCACAUCCGGCAUCUCUCCCAUAUGUGGCUCGUUUUCAUGCAAAGAGGGUUCUUAAAUUUCAAGACGCACUGCUGACAAGCUAUCACCGGAACGAGGCCAAGUUUGCUGAACUUACAUUGGACACAUAUCGAAUGCUGCAAUGUUUGGAAUGGGAGCCUAGUGGGUCUUUCUACCAUAAGCGCCCUGUUGAAUCAAAAGAGAAUGGCUCUUUUAUUGAGCACUCUGGGGCUUCUGCGGCUUCUGGGGUCAUUGAUAUGAACUUGGCUGCAGAUAUGACUGAUCCAAGUUUACCUCCAAAUCCAAGGAAAGCAGUUAUUUAUCGUCCCUCGGUGACACAUUUGAUAGCGGUGAUGGCUACAAUAUGUGAGGAACUCCCUGUGGACAGUGUCAUGCUCCUGUACCUGUCAGCCUCAGGGACGGCUGGUCGUAGUAAUGUUAAUCAGCUUUACACCUCUGGAGGAUCACAGAAAUCGUCAAAAAAUAAAGUUCCUCUCCCAAAUCAGAAUACGUAUCGGGCUGAAUCUUGUAAUGGCAAGGCAGAAUCAAGUGGCUAUUAUGAUAAGUAUCUGUGGUUUGGUCCUAGAGGGAAUGGCGGUGAGAAUAACCUAUACCCUGGAGACAUAAUUCCUUUUACUCGCAGACCUCUUUUCUUGAUAGUUGAUAGUGACAACAGCCAUGCAUUCAAGGUUCUACAUGGUGCGGAAAGGGGAGAGACAGCUGCUCUGUUUCUUUCACCUUUGAGACCAGCAUUCAAGAAUCCAGCUGAUGCUGAUUUAACGCAAAACGGAAGUCAGUUCACCUUUUUCUUGACUGCCCCUCUCUCAGCAUUCUGCCAAUUAGUUGGUCUCUCCUCUUCUGAUACUGAAACAGACGUCUAUAACGGUGCUGAGGGCAUACUUUCUGAUGCCUUCUCUAAGUGGGAAAUAAUACUCUGUACAUCAACAAAGAUGGAUCUGGUGUGGGCCCAAGUUAUGUCUGAUCCAUUUCUACGGCGACUUAUUCUAAGAUUUAUAUUCUGCAGAGCUGUGCUUUCGCUCUUCUGUCCUCCAGAAGAUAGUGAACAAUAUUUGCCAGUUUGCCUACCCUUUCUUCCCAGUUCUGUCUCUCCAGAUUCUGAAGUAGUACAGUCUUGUAUCUCCAGACUUGCAAAGCACCUCAGAGUAGAUGACUGUUUUAACUUUGAUGACACGUGAUUACUUUAUAAGGAACUCGACACCUAUCAUAGCAAGAUUGUACUUAUAGCGUUACAUCUACUGGGGUUCAUGCCUAGUCAAUCCGGUGGGAUGACAAGCUAUGUCAAUCAAUUAGCUUAUUUUGGUUUGAGAAGAUUAUAUUGGUUUAUAGGCUGGAAAUAUAGGGGGCCGGAACUUGUGUGCGGUUGUUUUCUCGCCAAUAUGCAGCAUUGCCGUGCCUUGAUGAUGAAAAGUGGCAUGUUAUUCUGGUUAGGUUGGUGUCUUAUUAUUUUGUAGGUUGUGAGAUUUGCCAGGUGAAUCUUUGGAGCUUGUUUCAGUUUACUUACAGUUGUCAAUACCUUUGUACAAGAAAAUCAGCUAGUGAAAUGAGUCUAAAUUAUUUUAAGCUACGUUAGUGGUAGUUUUAUGUUCUUGUAGAAGCUGCUGAAUAAUUAGAUGCACAAAGCAGUACAGAGAAAUGCAACUCCAGAAUUUGAUUUGAGGCUUUGGGCUACUGGGUAUUUUGGCUAGUAUUUUUUAUUGCUGGUCUUUUUACCAGGGUGUACUUUGUAUUUGUACAAACGGCUUGAUUUGUUGAUGAUGUUUCUUUUUAAUAGCAGAUUUUUGUCUUUUGGGAUAUUGAUGAC